AUGACCAAGAUGACAACCGACCCUCAACUAUCGGCAUCUGCUCCGCAUGCUGGGAAUGAUGCUGCUCCUAAUUCUACUGGGAUUAAAGUGGUAAUUGUGGGAAUCGGGCUCGCCGGCAUUACCGCGGCGAUCGAAUGUCAUCGAAAGGCUCACUCUGUGAUUGUCCUCGAAAAGGUAUCCGAGUUAAAACAUGACGCUGGCGAUGGGAUUAUGAUCGCCCCUAACGCAAGCAGGGUCAUCCGCCAGUGGGGCGAUGAACUGUUCGCAGAGAUCGUCCUAAAUCGCUGUGACUCCACGCAAGUAGAUAUGAUGGACCAUAACGAUAAUCUCAUUGCUCGGCAGGAACUCCCUGGAAAGGGGGAAGGUAUUGUGACAAAUCGUGGGAAACUGGUGUGUCUCCUAUACGCCCACGCCAAGAACCGGCUGGGGAUUGACAUCCGACUGGGCUCUCGGGUGACCGAUUAUUGGGAAGAGAACGGACAGGCCGGUGUGACUUUGGAUGAUGGGGAGCGUAUCAGCGGAGACUGUGUAGUCUGCGCUGAUGGAGUCCAUGGAAUGUCCAGGAAGUUUGUCACCAAGGAGGAGGUGGCUCCACAGGAAACCGGCUGGGCAACUUUCCGGGCUCAUAUUGAGACCGACGCAUUUGCAAAUGACGAGGAUGCAAAAUGGGUGCUGGCCGGAACUGAGUCAAAGGACCGGACCUAUGCUUGGUUCGGGGACGGACUGAAUGUGGCCAUGAUGACCUUGAAAAGGGGCAAAGAAGUAGUGUGGAUGACGACGCACAAGGAUUGCUAUGGAGCACGUGAGACAUGGAAUGGCGGUGGUCAAGCCAAGAUGGAGGAUGCACUGGCGACCAUCAGUCACUGGCCUGGUAGGCACAGAAUUGAAGCCGUCAUUCGGCACACCAAGCCCAGCAAGUUGGUGAACCAUGCUCUCAUCUAUCGUCCUCCACUCCGCACCUGGAUCUCUGACGGCGGACGAACUAUGCUCAUUGGUGAUUCUGCCCACCCGUACUACCCCGUUGUAGCCCAGGGUGGAAGUCAGGGAAUUGAAGAUGGCGCUGUUCUCGCCAUUGCGCUGUCACUGGCAGGUAAGGAGCGCGUGCCCCUUGCCCUGCAGGUGGUCGAAAAGAUACGAUACCCACGAGCGUCUGUCAUCCAGCUGGGGAGUCAGACAUUUCAGGCCACUGUGCUCCGGUCAGACUGGGGCAAGGAAGAGAGCAAGCGUGAUGAGUUCCGGUUCCCUAAUCCUGACUGGAUCUUUAGCCAUGACUGUCAGAGCUAUGCCUAUCAGGAGUUCGAAUCUGUAGUGGAGGCUAUUCGAGAUGGGAAGGAGUAUGUGCCUACCAAUAUCCCCAUCGAUGGGGUGUAUCGGGUAGAGAAUACAUACAAGCGAGGGUGA